AACGAGGGAGUAGGUAGAGAGAAGAGAGCAGAGCAGAGGAUAGAGAGAUACCAGGAGUGCAAACCAUUGCACUCCAAUCCAGACUGUUAGGGAGGGUACAUAGACACUUGGUGAGAUGAGUAUUCAGACACCAAUCCACAUGGAUGAUAAGAGAAAAACAAGGACAAAAGAGGAAAAAGAAGAAUCCCACCAACAUCUCUGUCAGGACUAAUCUCUGUGGACUUGUUUUUGGGUUUUUUUUCUGCCUGGAACUCAGGAAGGAAAGAACAUCUGUCAGAAGUGUGACCCUUAUAUGUUCAUUAAUAUCCAGUCCUAAUUCUUGGAUUAUUGCUGAAAGGAGCAGAGGAUAAAUCAGAAAUUGAUAUCCGUCAAACGUAGACUGUUGCAGAGGUGGAGAGGAGAGGGGACAGAGUGGGUUAUGGACCAGUCCCGGAUCAUCUGUGUUUAUCCUGCAUGGUCACUGAGAAAGAAAGAUGUGGGGCUGAAGGACGGACAGGAGAUGCUGUGUGCUUCCUAAAGCAUUGUCUGAGGUCUUUUUUUUUUUAUAAAACAUAAGUGGGCUCUUACUUCCACUACCUCAUAAGGAUGACCUUCUUCCAUACUGCUGCACCAACUGCCCUCUCAAGCUCAAAUAAAUAUUGUCAGAUAAACAAAAAAGAAACAAAUGUCACUAUGAUCACACUUCAUGGUGAUUGGAUACAUAUGCAUCCUGAGCAUCUGCUUCGCUCGAGCCGUCUCCAGUGAUUUAGGGAUCAACGUGUCAAGAGGUAGAACUGGAGAUCUGUGCUCGAGUUCCAAGUCAAUGGCGGCUGGAGCCAGGCGUACAGAGACUGAUGGGAAAGGUGGAGAGUGAAGGCCUGUUCCAUUAGUGAUCCCAGGAGACACAUGGGCCUGGAUGCUGCCUGGAUGCACUGACCUCUCCUGGACCGAUUCUGGACGUUACUGUGCCGCACACUGGGGAAUCUACAUGAACAUGGCUCACUGACUCUUGGAGUACAACCUAAUGGAUGUAAAACAUUUUCUAUAUUUAUAGAUCUAACUACGACACUCUCCCUGGGGACAAUAAGCAAAAAGCAAGGGUUUGGAUUGUAGUGUGAGCAGUGCAUUCCUUCCUCUGUGCAGGGGAAAGAUUCUCCUUCCGGGGAAUAUCAUGAGAUUAUAAACAGGAGGCGGCUCCGACAUCUUAUCCCUGUUCCAAUCACCCAUCAGUGCUACCACCAUUACCAAAACAAACAGACCAGAGAUCUGGAAAAAAAAGGCCUGGAGAGGACAUUAACUGUCAUUUACUGGGUGCAGGUGGAUGAUUUCUUAGUUUUCUUGUCGUUGAAGUCAGGAAGAAAAAGCUGGCUGUCCAUAGAUACUCUUUGUCAAGACAGAAAGGUGCUUUGCUGGCUGCCAGCCUCUCUGGGAGGACCAAGCAGGGAAAGGAAAAGCCUCACUGGGAGGCCCUGCUGAUACAGAAUCACUUUUCCACUGGCCAUGUUUGGAUGCGAUGCUUGUCUCUGUGGAUCUAACACAGACUGUAUGGCCUGAUUACACAGCCCUGGUAUUCAGAUAGUGCUGGAGGGAAGGGAUAAUGCAUAUCCUUCCCAAUCUGGAACAAGAAGCCACCAUGAGCAACGUCACAGUCACCGACAACACCGAACCCAUCAGCCGCACCAUGAGUCCGGCGACCCCGAGCCCCUACUCUUAUCCUGUCAGUUUCCAGGUCUCCCUGACUGGAUUCCUCAUGCUGGAAAUCCUCCUGGGCAUGAGCUCAAACCUCACUGUACUUGCCCUCUACUGUAUGAAGUCGAACCUCAUUAGCUCUGUCAGUAACAUUGUCACGAUGAACCUCCAUGUAUUGGAUGUGCUGAUUUGUGUGUGCUGCAUCCCCCUCACUAUCGUGGUGGUGCUGCUGUCCCUGGAGGGAGACACAGCACUUGUCUGCUGCUUCCAUGAAGCCUGUGUCUCCUUUGCUAGUGUUGCCACUGCCGCUAAUGUGCUUGCCAUCACCCUUGAUCGCUAUGACAUCUCAGUCAAACCAGCUAACAGAGUACUGACUAUGGGCCGUGCCCUGACUCUGCUGGCUGCCAUUUGGGUGCUAUCCUUUGUUAGUUUCCUUGUACCCUUUAUUGAAGUGGGCUUUUUUGCACAGGGCCAUGCUGAGCUGAACCAAACAGCUGUGGAGAAUGUGGUCCACACUAACCAGUACUAUACAGACCUUGGCUUGUAUUACCACUUGCUUGCUCAGAUACCCAUUUUCUUCUUUACUGUUGUUGUCAUGCUCAUCACCUACUCAAAGAUCCUGCAAGCACUCAAUAUUCGCAUCGGUACCCGUUUCCACGCUUCACAGAAGAAGAAGGCUCGCAGGAAAAAGUGUCCAUCCAUGACGGCCAUGACACCACAGCAAGAGGCCACAGAUGGAUCGCAGAGCAGUAGCAGCCGCAACCCCACACUGGGUAUGCGUACUUCUGUGUCUGUAAUCAUUGCCCUGCGCAGGGCUGUUAAACGCCACAGAGAAAGGCGAGAGCGCCAAAAAAGAGUUUUCAGGAUGUCUCUCCUGAUUGUGUCUACUUUCCUCCUGUGCUGGACACCCAUCACAGUACUCAACACAGUCAUCCUGAGUGUGGGCCCCAGUGACCUAAUGGUCAAGUUGAGACUGGGCUUCCUGGUCAUGGCUUAUGGGACCACUAUCUUUCACCCUCUACUCUAUGCCUUUACAAGACAGAAGUUCCAGAAAGUCUUGAAAAGCAAGAUGAAGAAGAGAGUGGUGUCCAUCAUUGAGGCAGAUCCCACACCUAAUAACGCCAUCAUCCACAACUCCUGGAUCGACCCAAAGAGGAACAAAAAGGUGACAUUUGGGGACAAAGAUGCUCAACAGAAAUGUCUGUCUUCUGAGGAUGUGGAGUGAAGGAACUCAUUACACAGUCAAUAAAAGCAGCUAAAACUGA